AUGCAAGAGUUAGAGCAAUGGAAAGAACAGGUUUCUCAUAUUUGGAGUGUAGCAAAUGAUUAUCUUAGCCAGAUUCCCCCAAAUCAACUCUAUGCCGCUGUUGCUGUCGCCGUUUUCACAACCCUGUUUCUUCUCUUACUGCGGUUUUUGAACCGUACCAAAUCUAACACCAUUGUGUUGACGGGACUCAGUGGCAGUGGGAAAACCAUUCUCUUCUAUCAGCUUAGAGAUGGCUCUACUCAUCAGGGUACUGUUACAUCAAUGGAACCGAAUGAAGAUACUUUUAUUCUUCAUAGUGAAACAACAAAGAAGGGCAAGAUAAAACCUGUUCAUAUUGUUGAUGUUCCUGGACAUUCUCGUCUUCGACCCAAACUGGACGAGUACUUGCCUCAAGCAGCUGGCGCAGUCUUUGUGGUCGAUGCUUUAGACUUCUUACCAAAUUGUCGUGCUGCCUCAGAGUACCUAUAUGAUAUAUUGACCAAGGGAAGUGUUGUGAGGAAGAAGAUUCCUCUGCUUAUUCUCUGCAACAAAGCAGACAAAGUUACUGCUCACACUAAAGAAUUCAUCCGCAGGCAGCUCGAGAAAGAAAUUGACAAAUUACGGUCAUCAAGAAGCGCGGUUUCAGAAGCUGACGUUACAAAUGAGUUCACUUUGGGAGUACCUGGCGAGCCAUUUUCCUUUACUCAGUGCUCUAACAAAGUUACAACUGCAGAUGCUUCGGGUUUAACUGGAGAGAUAUCUCAGCUAGAAGAGUUUAUCAGAGAAUAUGUGAAGCCAUAG